AUGCCGUUGUCUCUUUGCCUCCGUAGCCUGACGUGCGGUGACUAUCGCUACCCGUGUGUACGUUGGCCUCGAGCAGCCAUGGUUAAGAAGAGCACCGUGGUCAGCCUCGUCCGAGGGGCACAAGCUGGUCUCCUGGGGGUCUUUGCCGUGCCUCUGUCCGUGCACCUCCUGAUCCAGAGUUUCUUCGCUCUAUUGGAGUGCAGCGGUGUGAGAGAGAAGAUCGGCCAGUGUAGCUUCACCAAAUCGGUGGCCGUGGCCAUAUCCGCCUACCGGGAGGACCCGUUGUUCCUCACCCAGUGCCUGAACUCCAUCAGGGACAUCAACUACCCUUGCGACAAGCUCAAAGUCAUCCUGGUCAUCGACGGCAACUCAAAGGAAGACCAGUACAUGAUGGACAUCUUCAGGGAGGUGUUCUGCAAAGAGGAAAUGGGUACCUUCGUGUGGCAGGGCAACUAUCAUGCCAGGAACUUCAAUCAGGUCAAGGAGGAUCCCGAGGAGAGGAAGGACCAGCGACGGUUGGCCAGGGAUCCCGUCAACCUCUUCUAUGGGGAGUCGUGCGUGGGGAACCCCGAGCGGGUGGCUCUGGAGGCUCUGAUUCAGGCCAAGCGAUGCGUGUGUGUCAUGCAGAAAUGGGGAGGGAAGCGAGAGGUCAUGUACACGGCCUUCAAAGCCAUCGGGUGCUCGGUGGACUACAUUCAGGUCUGCGACUCGGACACCAAACUGGACCCUGAGGCCACGAUGGAGCUGGUCAAGGUGCUGGAGUCCAACGAGAGCUAUGGGGCGGUGGGUGGAGAGGUCCGGGUUCUCAACCCCAAUGAUUCCUUCCUCAGCUUCCUGAGCAGCCUGUGUUACUGGCUCGUCUUCAACGUGGAGCGGGCCUGUCAGUCCUACUUCCACUGCGUGUCCUGCAUCAGCAGCCCGCUGGGCCUGUACAAGAACGAUCUGCUGCAGAAGUUCCUGGAGUCUUGGUACAACCAGCAUUUCCUGGGCGGCCGCUGCACCUUCGGAGACGACCGUCACCUGACCAAUCAAGUGCUGCACUUGGGCUACUCCACCAAGCAGACGUUGGCAGCCUGUUGCUACACGGAGACCCCAGCCCAGUACCUGCGUUGGCUGAACCAGCAGAUCCGCUGGUCCAAGUCCUACAUCAGGGAGUGGCUGUACAGCACCCGCCUGUGGCACAAGCACCACCUCUGGAUGACGUACGAAGCCAUGGUGGUGGGAGGCUUUCCAUUCCUCGUAACCCUGACCGUAGUCAAGCUCUUCUUCAGCGGCUGCUUAUGGAACAUUGUGUGGAUCCUUCUCUUCACCCAGCUGCUGGGGGUCCUGAAAGGGGUGUAUGCCUCAUGCCUGCGGGGAGACCUGGCGAUGAUCUUUACCUCGGUGUAUUCCAUUCUCUACCUGACCAGCCUGCUCCCCACCAAGUCCUUCGCCCUCCUCACCGUCACGGCCUCCAAUUGGGGGACUUCGGGGCGCAAAGAGAGGGCCACCAACUGCAUGCCGCUGCUCCCUCUCCUGUUCUGGGCCAUCUUGCUGCUGGUAGGAGUGCUGGACACCACCUUGAAGGAGGCGCAGGACUCCUGGGCCAAGCUGCCCUGGGAGAGAACCUACCUGAUGUAUGGCUCGGGAAGCUUCAUCGCCUACCUGACCGCCAUGUUGGUGUUUUACCAGAUGUGGUCCUGCCACAAGCACCAGACGAAAACUGCCACUUACCAAGUUGAGGUGUAAGCAGGAUUUGCCUCCCCCCCCACCCC